GCUGUCCGUUUAAAUCCCGCCAAUCAGCUGGAACGUGUGUAACACGCUUCCGUUUCCGAGGAGACGGAAGCGUGUCUUCCUGUUUGGCAGAAGGAGGAAGCAGGAUGUGUGAAAUCUCACAUGUGCUUGUUGUUAUGGGUGACAUGCAGUAAUACUUCUAUAGUGGUGUGUCCAUGCCUGUCAGAGCCAGCAUCUUCUUCCUCUUCUGUUUAGUUUGGAUAACUAUGGCCCAGCUCUUGGCGCAAGAAGAAAAAGAAAAAACUACUGCACUGAAAGAUUUGCUCUCCAGGAUAGAUUUAGACGAGCUGAUGAAAAAAGACGAACCUCCGCUGAACUUUCCUGAAACUCUGGACGAGUUUGAAUAUGCCUUCAAUGAGAAUGGUCAGUUGAGACACACACAAACAGGGGAGCCAUUUGUCUUCAACUAUAAAGAGGACCUGCAUAGAUGGAACCAGAAAAGAUAUGAAGCGCUGGGAGAGAUCAUUACAAAGUAUGUUUAUGAACGCUUGGAGAACGACUGCAACCUGAAGAAGGAGAUCCUUCCCGUUGAUGCAACUGAGGAUGAACCGAAAAGCUUUAUUUACAUGAGCGAGGAUGCCCUCACUAACCCACAGAAGAUCAUGGUUCUCAUCCAGGGCAGUGGUGUGGUCAGGGCAGGCCAGUGGGCUCGACGCCUCAUCAUUAAUGAAGACCUCAACAGUGGGACGCAGAUACCCUUCAUUAACCGUGCCAAAGAGGAGGGCUAUGGGGUGAUUGUGCUGAACCCCAACGAGAACUCUCUGGAGGUGGAGAAGGUUCCGGAUCCAGCCAAGAAACCGUCCCCGGAUGCCUCUGAUGAGCCGGCUGAAAAGAGAGAGAGGAAGGAAGAGCGGGAGAACAAGAAAAAGAAGGACUUUUAUGAGAAGUAUCGCAACCCACAGAAGGAAAAAGAGAUGGAGCACGUCCCGAUACGAGAAAACAGCACUCCUGAGGAGCACACACUCUAUGUGUGGGACCACUUCAUCUCUAAAUCACUUGCGAAAAACAUCUUCAUCGUGGCACACAGCUAUGGCGGCUUGUCAUUCGUGAAUCUGAUGAUUCAGCGAGAAGCAGAAGUGAAGAAUCAUGUUCGUGCGGUGGCCAUGACUGACUCUGUCCAUAACGUCUGGCACCAGGAGGCCAACAAGUCCAUUCGGGACUGGCUCAGAGAGCACUGCUGUAACUGGGUGUCGAGUCCUGAGCCUCUGGAUACUCUAGUGGACCCCAUGCUUAACGAUUGCCCUCGUGUUUCAGCAGGUACGGAUAAGCAUGAGUUAACGUCAUGGAAGAGCUUCCACUCCAUCUUUAAGUUCUUCAGCGAUGCCCUUAAGGACCACGAGGAUGAGUCCUCCUCCAGCUCGGUCACCACACGCAGCUCCCACCGCAUAAAAAACGAAGACUUAUAGAGGGCUCACAGAUCCCAACCCAGAGCCCACUUUUGUCCCCUAUUAGUUCUUUUUCUCCUCUGUUCUUUUUAUGAAAAAUAUUCCUCCUUGAAGCCCUCCUCCCAGUGAAUUGUACGACUCUGAGGAGUGCAGGGUCAGCCUGUAUACAUCAGAAUAGCGUUUUGCAUUACUUCUGGAUGAGUGCAACUGUCAAAGCAAUAUGGCUUCACUGCUUGUGCCUCCUGUGGGCCGCUGUGUGGAUUUGGUGGUGGCCCAUCGGUGGCCAGAUUAAGGCUGACAGGCGGCGCCGCACACCGCCUCUUGAUGCACCUCUAAUUAUCCUGACAUUGUCCUGAACUGAGCUAAUGCCUGGGAAGCACCUGCACACACACACACACACACACACACACACACAAAAGUCUGGUGGGUCCUAGUGCCUGCCUUCAGUGUCUUUGUAUCUCUCAUUGGUUUCCCCCCGUUGUUUCAUUGUUUCUUUCCAGUGUCUCAGUCGCAUUUAAAGAACUUGUGUGCUUAGGAACUUUGUGUGUCAGAUGCUAAAGGCUUACGGGUUGUUUGUUUCAUUCGCACAACACUUUAACUGGAGAAAAAAAAGCAACUUGCAGAAUCAAACAUCCAAUCAACGGCUAUCUCCAGACUAGAUUUAGAAUGAACACAAUGAAGUAAGCCAUUGACAGCGUGGCAGAUUGAAUGAAUCCUUCCGUUUUCAAAUCUCUUAAAACCUUGUGCGAGUUUGAGUUUUGGGAAUAUCUCCCUUUGACAGAGCAGAUAUGUCAGUCUUGGAAUAUCUUUGUAUGUGUCAGGAUCAGGACGAUUUGAUGUUAUCCAGAGUAUAAAAGCCAUUCCUUAAGAUGUUUGCAAAUGUAACCUGCCCUUUUUGCCAAGUCCGUGACUGUUUGGACUGUUUUAACACAUCAUUGUCAUCCUCUGCUAAAGCUAAAGCAUGUUAUGUUUCUGUCUCAGCAAAGAGGCAUUGUCUCCUGGACAAUUUGGCGUUAGCGGAGGCUUAGAUAUGUCAUUCAGGCAUGUCAACAGAUCACUCUGCUUUCGCUUAAAAAUUGAUCUCACGGUAAAAGGCUGUUUUGCCCUCAUCACCUUUUAGAAGUAUCAUUGCUAUCCCGUAUUGCUGAAGGAAAUCUGUCAAUAGAUGUAGUGUUUUAUGCAUAUCUCAUCUUUAUAUAUAUAUAUAUAUAUAUAUAUAUAUAUAUAUAUAUAUAUAUAUAUAUAUAUAUAUAUAUAUAUAUAUAUAUAUCAAAAACAGAAAUGUGACUAUGGCUGACAAAAUGCAAGACCCUGUUCAGAGUCUUUUGUGUUUAAACUGUUUUUACAAUGAAUUAAACUUUUAACAUUCCUGCAAAUAUUCAUUAGAACGCCAACGAUCAGCUGCAAGUUGCUUAAUACUGUCUAUUUAAAACCGUUCAACUCAGAUCCCAAAAUUGUUGCCUUAGGAAUAAACACACAACGUCCAUCUUUAUUUGAUUUUCCAAAACCGACAAGCCAUAUGUGAAUAUUUCACUCGCGUUUAAUACAGCCUUAAACCAAAUCGAAAACUUAAUUGAUUUGUAAAUAAGGACUCAUUUUAACAAUUAAUAUUUUAAUCGAAGACGUUCUACGUUUUACUGAAACAUCCCAGUCUGAAAGGAUAGAAGUGUGGGGUGUUUUCUGCCUUUUUUUAUCCGCUUUGGAGGGUUCAUUAAAUGAAGACGUGAUCAGAUAUUUUAUCUUUGAUUUCACUUAUCAUAAAUCGUUUGAAUAUGUUAGUCUUUCGUCUUUGAAUUAAUGGCGGUUUGUGCCCUGAUUAAUCGUCCGGUUUGUUUUCAUAUCAUGCGAGUGUAAUAACGAUCUCCAUGCUGUAAUUAAAUAAAGUUCUUUAUUUACAAAAACAAA